ACUAAUGUCACUUAUGGGCGAACCCCGUAGCUCCUCUUACAUCCUCCUCCACCUCGCCAUUGUCGUCGCCGCCGCCCUCGUACGGGGCGGAGGUGCCGCUACCAAUGCAGCGUUCGCCUGCGGGGCGGGGAGCCCUGCGGCGGGGCUGCCGUUCUGCCAGCGGGGUCAGCCGAUCCGGGCCAGGGCGCGGGACCUGGUCGGCCGGUUGACGGUGGCGGAGAAGGUGGCGCUGCUGGUGAACACCGCGGCGGGGGUGCCGCGGCUGGGCAUCCCCGGGUACCAGUGGUGGUCGGAGGCGCUGCACGGGGUGUCCAACUCCGGGCCCGGCGUCCGCUUCGGCGGCGCCUUCCCUGGCGCCACCAGCUUCCCCCAGGUCAUCUCCUCCGCCGCCUCCUUCAAUGCCACUCUCUGGGAGCUCAUGGGUCAGGUUGUGUCGGACGAGGCUCGGGCCAUGUACAACGGAGGCCAAGCCGGGCUGACGUUUUGGAGCCCCAACGUGAACAUAUACAGGGACCCACGGUGGGGCCGCGGCCAGGAGACCCCCGGCGAAGACCCCGCCGUGUCCGCCCGCUACGCUGCCGCCUACGUCCGCGGCCUCCAACAAGCAAACGGCGGCACCAGCCAUGCCCGCCUCAAGGUCGCUGCCUGCUGCAAGCACUACACCGCCUACGACCUCGACAACUGGAAGGGGGUCGACCGCUUCCACUUCAAUGCCAAGGUGAGCAAGCAAGACUUGGAGGACACGUACGAUGUUCCCUUCAAGGCUUGUGUGGUGGAAGGGAAGGUGGCGAGUGUGAUGUGCUCCUACAACCAAGUCAAUGGAGUCCCCAGUUGUGCAGAUUCGAACCUUCUUCGCCACACGGUUCGUGGCCAAUGGAGGCUCAAUGGGUACAUCGUCUCCGACUGUGACUCCGUUGGUGUCUUCUAUAGCGCACAGCAUUACACCUCCACCCCUGAGGAUGCAGUUGCAUAUGCACUCAAAGCAGGAUUGGAUCUGGAUUGUGGGCAAUUCUUGGCACAGCAUACUGAGAGUGCCUUGAAGCAAGGCAAGGUAAGUGAAGCCGACGUCGACGCCGCGUUGACCCACACGGUCGCCGUGCAGAUGCGGCUGGGGAUGUUCGACGGCGAGCCGUCGCAGCAGCCGUUCGGCAACCUCGGUCCACAACACGUGUGCACCCAGGCCCAUCGGAACCUCGCCCUCGAGGCAGCCCGGCAAGCCAUGGUGUUGCUCAAGAACGAUGCCGGCACCUUGCCGCUGUCGCCGUCUCGCCUUCGAACCGUUGCCGUCGUCGGUCCCAACUCGGAUGCCACGGUCACCAUGAUCGGAAACUAUGCCGGUGUUCCUUGUGCCUACACGAGCCCUCUUAAAGGGAUCGGUGGGUACGUGGACACCGUACACCAGGUCGGCUGCAAUAACGUGGCUUGCAGCGGAGAGCAGCCCAUCGGAGCAGCAGUGGAAGCCGCCCGCCGGGCGGACGCCGCAAUUGUGGUGGUGGGUCUGGAUCAAUCCAUCGAGUCCGAGGGGCGGGACAGGGUGGGGCUCCUCCUCCCUGGCUGGCAACAGGAGCUGGUGUCGGAGGUGGCGAAAGCCUGCCGGGGCCCGACGGUGCUGGUGCUCAUGUGCGGCGGGCCGGUCGACGUGUCGUUCGCCAAGGACGACCCAAACAUCGCAGCCAUUCUAUGGGCGGGGUACCCUGGCCAAGCCGGCGGAACGGCCAUCGCCGAAGUGAUUUUUGGCGCACACAAUCCAGGUGGUAAAUUGCCGGUGACGUGGUACCCCCAGGAGUACGUGGAGAAAGUGACGAUGACCAACAUGGCCAUGCGAGCCGACCCGUCGACAGGCUACCCGGGCAGGACGUAUCGUUUCUACGAUGGACCGGUCGUGUACUCCUUCGGCCACGGCCUGAGCUACACCAAAUUCACCCACGCCCUGGCCGACACCCCGGCCCAAGUCUCGGUCCCGCUUGAUGGGCUACGAGCGGAACCAUUAUUCAACGCGAGCGAGCCGGGCCGAACGGUCCCGGUCACCCACGCACGGUGCGACGGCCUCUCCGUCCCCGUUCACGUAGACGUGACGAACGCUGGCGAUCGCGACGGGUCCCACACGGUGCUCGUGUACUGGAGGCCGCCGGCAGCGGACGGUGCCCCCAGUAAGCAACUGGUGGCCUUCGAGAAGGUACACCUCGCCGCCGGGGAGCAGGUGAGGGUCCUCCUGGGCGUGGACGUGUGCAGGGAUCUCACCGUGGCUGACGGUGACGGCAUCCGGCGGAUUCCACUGGGCGAGCACAGCCUUCAUGUAGGCGAUCUGACGCACACCAUCUCGUUGCAGGCCGAAUCUCUGCGUCGAUAGGAGCUGCAAUAAAAAAGUAAGAAUAAGACGUAGGAUUGCUUCGUCAACAAAGCUCGUAUAGACAGUAGUAGCGCCCUUUGAAUUUGUGGGAUCUCUGUACUGAUCAAUGCUCUCAAAGAUGGAGGGCAAAGAUCAGAAGACGGAUGUUCUGAUUAUUCAUGCGGAUUGAAGAAUAAGAGUUCGCACAAGAUAACGUGCUAGUGGUGUUCGACGAAAGGUUUCUUGUUGUAAGUCGAUUAAUCUCAAUAAAUAUAUGUUUACCAGAAGAGUUCGGACCGAAAAA